CUUCCCUGAGGCGACCAUUCUGGGUCCCGAGAGGAGCCUGACGUCUGCGCCUCCGUCCUAUAACCGGAAGCUUCCGUAGGCUCGGACGUGAAAGCAGACUCGUAGAGUAGUGUUGUCAUGAUAGCCCGAUGCAGUAAACCCAAUUAAUGUCACCAAAAAUCGACACAUGGGAUAUCAGCAACCUCUUCUAUUUAUCUCCCAUCCUCUUCGUUUUCCGCUCAAUGUAUAUAUGUAUUGGACACCUUUAAAAUGCGGCCUUACCCCUCCAAAGCAUACUCUCUAUUCAGCCUCAAGAGCCCACGCAUGAAAGCGCCUCCAAGCCAUCUCGCUUAUGAACCGGCCCACCGAAUGCAAUCGUGAAACCCACACCAGUGACAAGCCCUCGAGGGUGUAUUUUUUUUUCCCCGCAGCGUGGCAGCACAGAUAGUCUGUUCUGGCCAGCACGAGGCUGAAAUAAGAAGCGUGUUCAUCCUUGGCGGAGAGAAGGCUGAAUGCCAUCCUAAUAGAUAGAAGACGUUAAUAAAUGAGUUGGCAAUUCCCACACAAUGUGAUCUAUACAGCUGAAUGCAAUAACUGAAGCGAAGUGAGGUUGAACGUUUGACGUCGAAAUAGGGUCGUCGGAACACUGCAGGUGGCGCUAGUCUGGCAUUUUAUAUAUAUAUAUUUUCCGUUCCCGACGACAAUGCUCGACCCAGGCUCGAUUAUUGCAUUGACUCUCCUCGCAUAUCAAGGCGCAGACCAUGCGUGGCACAUAUUCCAAGACACACUACACUACGCUUCAGAUUCAGAAGACUUAAUCCUCCAACUCGAACUUGAACGCUUCCGUUUCCAAACAUGGGCCAAAAAUGCUGGCCUGGAGGAGGGCGAACUCUCUCCCGGCUUACUUCCCGUCUACGAAAUCGUGGAAAGAACAUUAAAAGUGAUUGGCCAACUAUUUGAAAAUGCGGAUGAGCUACGGGAGAGGUAUGGACUUUGUGCCUCCCAGUCCGAAGCGCUGGAACCUGACAAAGUGAAGCGAUUCAUCACCAAGAUGAGAAAAUCACUUCGAGCGAGUGGCAUUAAACUCGAUGUUAGAGGAGAAAGUGAAGAAAUAAAUGGAAAUGAGCAGUCCCAUGCAUCUGAGGUAGGCCGACCUGUCGGGCGGGCAAAACGACUGCGAUGGGGUGUUCGGGAUAGGAAGCAGUUUCAGAAAUUGAUAACCGACCUCGAAUCACACGUCGAAAAGCUCAAUCAAUUACUUUCAGAAACCCAACAGAGAUCUUUAAUAGAAGAUCGGAAAAGAAUUGAUAUUGUCUUUGUGGGGAAUGCCAAUGACAAUGGGUCUCUUCAGUGGAUCCGAGAUGCUCUUGGACAAGAGCCACAGACUUCAUCAAUUCGUGCAUUGGUGGAGCGAAAAGCACUGGCAGGUGGGCGGCCUGUAACGACACGCUCCGGCCCGGCAGCUCUCAGCCCCUUGACGCUGAACGAUUUCUCGAUUCCUCCUGGAUAUCAUGGGCAGAGCCGUUUCAUAGCUAAAAGCAUCGAACCCAGCGAAUAUGUCCUGCUGGAAAAGAAGUCCUAUGGUAGUGAUAUAUCCGUGCAAGAUAAGCAGAUUCUAACAAUGAGAGUGAACCGUCUCGUUCUCUUAUUAAGCGCGCACAAAUCUCCAGAUUUUCAAACUUUACAGGCAAUUGGACUUAUUCACGAUCCGGCAAACCUUUGCUGGUGGAUAGUCUUUAAAUUUCCAAUCACGGGCAUACCAAUGAUUACCCCGAAUGCGGUCUUGGCCCAACCAGUAUCGCUCCUCGCACUGCUAGAAUCGAAACUGCGCCCACCAUUAGAAACGCGACUUUGUCUCGCCAGCAAGCUCGCCAUUACGUUGUCCGAGCUCUACGGCAGCGGUUGGCUGCACAAGAAUAUACGAAGUGAAAAUAUCGUCUUUCCAGCCCUGUAUGGAGGGAAGUCGAACAGCAAAAGGGAACCAUUGUCGCCCGGUAUCAACUCUAGCUUGCUCUUGUCACCGCUCGUUGCAGGUUUCCAUUACUCCCGCCAGGAGACGGAGACACAAACAAUUGACAAAAACCAGUUCCAUGACGACAUCAGGCCAGUGAUCUACAGGCACCCGAACUACCAGGGUGAGGCGGCCCAGGGAUACCGGAUUGAUUACGAUAUCUACUCGUUUGGGCUGGUUCUGUCAGAGAUCGCGUGGUGGGUACCUCUUUCGUCUUUCCUAGAUGCGAAGGUGCCCAUUGAGUCCGCUCCAGCGUCGAUAUCGUCAUCGACACAAAUCCGGUCCUCCACCACUACCACUCUAGCUAUUAGCAACCCCGCUACUGCGGUACAGCUUUCCUCCAGUAUGAAACGUUUCCAGCGGCCGGAAGCGCUAGAGCUUCGACGACGUGUGAUCUCGCGAGCGGACCGUGAGUUGGCGUUCCGCGUUGGCACCCCAUAUUUUGAUGUUGUAAAAUGGUGUUUGGAGUACGCUGAUCAGCACAAUGAUGUCGUCGAUAGCACAAUAUGCAAGAACGCUGCGGCUGAUACCGUUGCUGCCGCUACUGCAACUGAGGGUUUUACUGAUUGGCACCCAGCAUUGGAAUUUUACAAUCGGGUUGUUGUCCCGCUGAAGAAGAUUGCCAAAAUUGAGUGAUGCAUGCUUAUUACUUGCAUGUGGCCUCAAUGACGUCACAUCAAGGGAAUUUUCCGGCUGUGGGCAGUAGCGUCGAUGAGGUGAGCAGAUGAGCCCUACUAUUGUGGUUUUUCCUAGUGUGUGGAAGGGAAUGCAGGAUACGAGAUCGUCGUCGAUAUUGAUUGGGUUUCAGGAAUGUAUGACUUUUGGCAAACGGAUUAGGAGAUGCGGUAGAAUGGGAAUGAUGUUUUUGCUCACAUGUAAUGAAUGCUUUUCAAGCAUUAUUGGUGACUCUUACCUGGAUGAUGGGCAAGAUUUACUGUCUCCUAUUUUGCGAUUCAGUAUCGUCUAGAUCUGCGAGCUUGAACUUAGCGGGUGUAUUGGUCAACCCUCUGCCAUUUAUAUGAGGAACAAUUUGCAUAUCACUAGGACUCCAUGUAAAUAUGGUCGCGCCCUUCGGAUGACAUUAUAAAUAUGUACGUACUCCAUCGUUGGUGGAAACGGAAUACGAAUAUAAACGGUAGAGUAGAAAACAAAGCAUAUUUAAAUCAGACUAUAGUAUAUAAGGCCCUAAGCGAUGAUCUGAAAUUCGAAGCCAAAUGAAAUAGAUGGUAGAUCGCUACAUGUUUCUUUUAGAGAAAUUUGUAGAUAACGCUGUAAGAACCCCAAAUUGGAAAUAUGUGCCCAGCGUCAAU